CCGGGAUUCGUCUUGUCAACAAACACAAGUCAACACUUCAGCGUCCUCUUAUAUUCUCACCUUUUAUCGACAUGAAGGCGCCGCUCGCCUGUUUUUUUCUACUUUUGUGCGCCGCGGGACAGCUGAAGGCGGCUCCCCCAAGAAGAGGAGCUGAACCUGGGAACGCAGGAAGGUUCUGGCACAUCACUGACCUUCAUUUGGACCCCACCUACCACCUGGCACCGGACCCCACCAAAGUAUGUUUUUCCUCCAAAGGGGAGCCCACCUCACGUGCCGGUCCGUUUGGGGAUUUCCUGUGCGACUCGCCGUACAGUCUCAUCCAGUCAGCCUUCGAGCACAUGAGCACGCUCGUACAACCCGACGACUUCAUCAUUUGGACCGGAGAUAGUCCUCCUCACGUUCCAGUGGAUGAACUUUCCACAUCAAUGGUGAUCCAAGUGAUGAGCAAUAUGACUCAAAGCAUCUUGAAAUACUUCCCAAACAUCACCGUCUUUCCCGCUGUGGGAAAUCAUGACUACUGGCCGCAGGAUCAAAUGCCGACAUCCACCAAUGACAUCUACAAGGCUGCCGCCCGUCUGUGGAAACCUUGGUUGGAGGACGACGCAUUGAAAACCCUCUCACAAGGAGGCUUCUACACCCAGCUGGUUGGUGCAGGCCUUCGAGUAAUAAGCGUGAACAGCAUCCUCUACUACGGUCCCGACAAAGCCACCGCCAACAUGAGCGAUCCGGCGGGACAAUUCGAGUGGUUGGAAGACACGCUAAAGAAGGCGGACGCUAACAUAGAGAAGGUUAUGGUCAUCUCUCACGUUCCGGUGGGAUACCUGGCUUUCCUCCCGCACGUGACUGCCAUCCGCGAAGAGCAUAACGAGAGGCUAAUCACCAUCUAUAGGCGAUACAGUCACGUGAUUGCAGGACACUUCUAUGGACACACUCAUAAAGACAGUGUCAUGGUUCUUCUAAACGAAGGUGAACCUGUGAAUUCUCUGUUCGUAUCACCGGCGGUAACACCCAUCAAAGACGUUUCGGAGCUAUACUCCAACAACCCGGCGGUCCGUUUGUAUUUCUACGACAAAAAAGACUACGGUAUUUUGGACAUCUGGCAGUAUUUCCUCAACCUGACCGAGGCUAACCUCAAGCAACGAGCCGAUUGGACGCUGGAAUACGUGAUGACAGACGCGUUCAACCUGCCUGAUCUGCGACCGUUAAGUCUGAUCCAGUUGGGUCUGAACAUGUGGAUGUCCUCCAAAGUUUUCAACACGUACUUUGCUCACUACACGGUCAGCUACGACGAUAGGCCGCCGUGCGAAGAUGUGUGUAAGAAACUUCAGCUGUGCUCCUUGUUCUUCUUGGAUAAGACGUCCUAUUCCAAGUGUUUAGCGAAUGGCUUCGAUCUCGCUAGUGAACAUCUUUGAUGUUUUAUUUAAUUUUAGUUGAGUUUCAAAGAUCAAAUCCAAGGUGCUUGAGAGCACCAAAAUCUAUCUUCAGCUCACUCUCGAAUUCUUUUUUUUAUUAUUAUUGCUUCAGCCGUUGAUUUUCCAAAAUGAAAUUUGGUAGAAAUGUUAAUAAUUAGUUGGCCCACUAAAGCCUUUUAAAAAUAGACAAGGGAAAUCUGCCAUUUUGGUUUGAAGCAACCAUUUUUUGGGAUAGAAAUUCUAGCUUACUUUGUUUUAAAAAUUCAGCCCCUUAAACCACUUAGCUACAUGUAAUUUGGUAGGCAUGCCUAUUAUGAAUAGAGCCACAAAAAACUCUCAAUAAGCCAUGCCUAAAAAUAUACAAGAAGUCUGCCACUGUGUAUGAAGCGACCAUGUUUGAGUAUUUUUUGUGACAGAAAUUUGUGCUUUCUUUAAUUUAAAAAUUCAGCCCCUCAAACCACUUAAACCUGGCAACAUUAAAUUUGGAACCACUUAAACCUAGCAACAUUAAAUGUGGCAGAUGUCUUUCAUAAGUAGACCCACAAAAAAGUUUCAAUAAGCCAUGCCUAAAAAUAUACAGGAAGUCUGCCAUUUUUGUUCGAAGCAUACAUGUUUGGGUCGUUUUUGAGACAGACAUUCAGCGUAUCUUUGAUUGAAAAAUUCAGACCCUGAAACCAGUUACUUAGUAACAUAAAAUUUGGCAGACGUGUCUACAAAAAUUCAGCCCUAUAAACCAGUUAAACAUGGAAACAUGAAAUUUUUAUGACACGUCUAUGGCUUAUUAACACUUUUUUUGUGGGUCUACCCACAAAAAAAGUUAAUAAGCAAUGCCUAAAAAUGUACAGGAAGUCUGCCAUUUUGUUUUGAAGCGACCAUUUUUGGGUAAUUUUUGUGACAGAAAUUGUAGUUUUCUUUGAUUUAAAAAUUCAGCCCCUGAAACUAGUUAAACCUAGCAACAUGAAAUUUGGCAGACAUAUCCAUCAUAAGUAGACCCACAAAACAUUCUCAAUAAGCCAUGCCUAAAAUAUACAGGAAGUCUGCCAUUUUGUUUUGAAGUGACCAUUUUUGGGUAAUUUUUGUGACAGAAAUUCCGAGUUUUCUUUGAUUUAAAAAUUCAGCCCCUGAAACUAGCUAAACCUAGCAACAUGAAAUUUGGCAGACAUAUCCAUCAUAAGUAGACCCGCAUAAAGUCUCAAUAAGCCAUGCCUAAAAAUAUACAGGAAGUGUGCCAUUUUGUUUUUAAGUGACCAUUUUGGGUAAUUUUUGUGACAGAAAUUUGAGGUUUCUUUGAUUUAAAAAUUCAGCCCCUGAAACUACUUAAACCUACCAACAUGAAAUUUGGCAGACAUAUGUAUCAUAAGUAGACCCACAAAAAAAUCUCAAUAAGCCAUGCAUAAAAAUAUACAGGAAGUCUGCCAUUUUGUUUGAAGCUUACAUGUUUGGGUCAUGUUUGAGACAGAGAUUCAGCAUAUCUUUGAUUUAAAAAUUCAGCCCCUGAAACUACUUAAACCUAGCAACAUGAAAUUUGGCAGACAUAUGUAUCAUAAGUAGACCCACAAAAAAAUCUCAAUAAGCCAUGCAUAAAAAUAUACAGGAAGUCUGCCAUUUUGUUUGAAGCUUACAUGUUUGGGUCAUGUUUGAGACAGAGAUUCAGCAUGUCUUUGAUUUAAAAAUUCAGACCCUUAAACCAGUUACACUUAGCAACAUAAACUUUGGCGGACGUGUCUACCAUAGGUAGACCCACAAAAAAGUCCCAAUAAGCCAUGCCUAAAUAUAUACAGGAAGUCUGCCAUUUUUGUUUGAAGCGUACAUGUUUGGGUCAUUUUUGAGACAGAUUCUGUGAAUCUUUAAUUUAAAAAUUCAGCCCCUGAAACCAGUGACACCUAGCAUUAUGAAAUUUUGCGGAGAUCGCUAUCAAAGUUAGACCCACAAAAAAAGUCUCCAUGCUUGAAUACACACAGCAAGUUGACCAUUUUUAGUUGAAGACAACAUUUUUGAUUCAUUUUAGCCCAUUUUGCAGGGGUCCUUCAACUUGUCAUGGGACAUUGCACGUACCCUAAACAGAAUAGGGUUAUUCUGAUUGCUGGAGCAUAAAAAUGCACAACGGAGGUGAAUGGUGAAGUUUUUGUUUUAUGUUGGUCUAAUAUUUUGGCUUGUUUUUGUGCGUAUGAUUCCACAAUAAAUUAUCUUUGUCCAAUGUUUUUCAAAGACUAUUGUCAGGAUUUGCAUGCCUACACGAGCGCAGGAAGUGAAUAUAAUGCCGCGUUUGUCUGUUAAAAGUUGUGCGGGUGGAAAAAAAAAAGAGCAGCAAGUGACCUCAUUUGACUUGCCCCCCCUUAGCCCCCUUUUGCCCCCUGCCAGCUUCUCCUGCUUUGAAUGUUCUCAGCCUCAUUCCAGCACUAUUGUGUGCCCCACUCCCCACCUUGCUCCACUUUCCCUCCCCCUCCUUGCAUCUCCAGUUUAAAACGUCCGCUCCCUUCAUGUGUAACUUCCAAAAAGACCCCAAAGAAGGUCCAAAAAGUGUCAGAAGACGAAGAAAAAAAGAAGUUAAGAUGAAUGAUGAAUGGUGAGAAACUCACCUCUUUACCCCCAAGUUUACUCCCCUCCCACCCGCCUUCAUCCUUCAAUCCCUUCGCUCGCCUGGUUGGGACGUAACCGUGGUAACGGAAUACUGGCGGGUGAGCGUGGCCUGUUGCCCGGGCGUCCGUUGCCAUGGUAACGUCAGACAAGCUUUGUUGUGCGCAAACAAAGCUUGUCUCUCCUUCUCUGAACACUUUUUGAGUGAAAAGUUUCUCCCGAAUACAUUUCCAACUGCAGAAAAAGAUGGUAAACAUCAUUCAGAUGAAGAAUCUGCUGGUAAAAAAAAAAGUGCCUUGUUCGUCCUAAUAAACUGAAUUGGAUAUAUUAAAUUGAUUAAUUUGCUAGUCUUGAAACAAAAAUGACCAAAGCAGUUGAAACAAAAAUGACCAAAGCGGUUCAAUUUUGAAAAAGUAGGGGACUCAAGGUUGAUCCAAGUGGUAUUGUCAACUAGUGCCAUAGCAUCCACGGUAUGAAAAUGUAUCUUUAACUGUCUGGCAUGGUGGAAACUUGGCUUGAUCUGUCCAAAAACACGUCAAAAUGGAGAAAACAUUCAUUUUCCGAGCUGCUUAUCCUCACGAGGGUGCUGGAGCCAAUCCCAGCUAACUAUGGGCACAAGGAGACAAACGGCUAUUCACACACAAUUCAGAGUGUUCAAUCAGCCUACCACGCAUGUUUUGGGGACGUGGGGGGAAUCCGGAGCACCUGGAGAAAACCCACACAGGCAGGGGGAGAACAUGCAAACUCAAAUCAGAACGGUGAGGCGGAUGUGCUAACCACUCUGCUAGCUUGCCGUGGAGAGAACAGCAUAGGAAUGAAUGUGAAAAAUAUACUGGGUUUUCAUUGUCCUGUAUAGCUGUUUGACAGAAUAGGAAUCUUGAGUCUCCUUAUUGUCUGAACAGUUUUAUUUUUUUAACUCACCCAUGCCAAAGCAGGACUCUUCCUAUGGUUAAAGAAGGACUCCCUCAUAUAACAUGGUACACAUCUCAUAAACAAUGAGAUUUUUUAACGUUUUCAUUCUAAGUUUGCCAAAUCAAUUAUAUUAAAAGUAAACUAAUGAAAAAUUACUGCUGUAAUUUCAUUAUUAGCUUGCUAUGAUCCAAGGUUUUGGACAGGCGUGCUACUAGUGUGUAGCCACUGAGUACACAUCUGAUGUUGCUCACAGUGGUCCUCAGUAUGCUCAUGGAGCUUGUGUUUACGCUCAGACACAUAAAAAAUUAGAGGGAACAUGCAUCUGUCCAUCCAUCCAUCCGCUUAAUCUGGGGUAUGGUCGUGGGGGCAGCAGCUUUAGCAGGGAAGCCCAGACUUCCCUCUCCCCAGCCACUUCAACCAGCUCCUCCGGCGGGAUUCCUAGGCGUUCCCAGGCCAGCCGAGAGACUCUACAAUUUUGUCUCUGGUGUCCUUCGACAGCUCUUUGGUCUUGGCCAUAGUGGAGUUUGGAGUGUGACUGACUGACGUUGUGGACAGGUGUAUUUUAUACCGAUAAUGAGUUAAAACAGGUGCCAAUGAGUGGAGCCUCGUUAGACCUAGAUAGACCUCGUUAGAAGAAGUUAGAUCUCUUUUACUCAAAAUCUCUCGAUACAUGGCCCCAUUCAUUCUUUCUUUUAAACAGGUCGGUCGUCCUGGUCCCUUUGCAGAAAAACAGCCCCGAAGAAUGAUGUUUCCACCCCCAUGCUUCACAGUGGGUAUGGUUUUCUUCGGAUGCAAUUCAGUAUUCUUUCUCCUCCAAACACGAGAACCUGUGUUUCUACCAAAAAGUUCUAUUUUGGUUUCGUCU